AUGGCUCGCCGCUAUGAAGCUCAAGGAGGUGACUACGAAGACAACGGCGAGAACAAGAACAAGGCGAAGAAAGGCGAGCCUGAGAAGAAGGACGACAAGCUGAUCAAGUACCAAUAUCGCGCUGUUUCCAAUACGAAUUUCGAACGAUUGCCGGCUCCAGUGUCGGUGGAACGAUCAUCAUUCCCGUACAAUCGCUGGUCAUUCGUCAACGUAGACAAGAUCCUGAAUACCAACGAGAUCAGAAAAUCAGAAACUGCCUCUCCUCUUCCCAACGAAUCUCGCCAAUUCGACGACUUCCAGCUCGAGCAUAAUGGCAAGACCCUCGAUCUCGCAGCCUUCCUCGCCGAAUCAGAAAGCGAUGGUCUCCUCGUGCUCCAGAACGGCAAAGUGCUCUACGAAACCUACCUUAACGACAACAUCAAAGAUUCCAAACACAUCCUAAUGAGCAUCACAAAAUCCGUCGUCGGUCUCCUAGUUGGCAUCCUCCAGUCGCAAGGCAAACUCAACGUGGACGAUCUUAUCUCCAAACACAUUCCCGAAGUCUCCAAAUCAUUCUACCACAACGUCACAAUCCGCCAGGCCAUCGACAUGCGUUCGGGAGCGAAGAGUCUCGAUGCGAGCCACGAGUACCGCGUAGCUUCCGGUUCGGUACCCCUCCAAGGCGGCGAGAAGUAUACGAAUCUGCACGACUACAUCUCCAAUCUGGACCCGGAGCGGAUGGAAGACGAUCGGUUCGAGUACGUCUCGCUGAACACCGAUGUGAUCGGCUGGCUGGUGGAGAAAGUCGGUGGGAAGACCCUAGCAGAGAUGAUUUCAGAACUGCUCUGGCAGCCGAUGGGAGCGGAGAGCGAUGCCUUGAUGGCGACCGAUACUGCUGGCAAUGCUCGCGCUGCUGGCGGAAUGUGCGCCACUCUUCGAGAUCUGGCCCGUAUCGGGCAGCUUAUCGUAGACGACGGGCGAGGGAUCGUGCCUGCGGAGUGGAUCAACGACAUCGUGCACAAUGGGGAUAAGGAUGCAUUCGCGAGGGGAAGCUGGGCGACUGGAUUUCGUAGGCAUUUUGCUGGUUGUGCGUAUCGGUCGUACUGUCUGGCGGAUAGUAGCACGGAGACAGUGAUGGGGUUGGGAAUUUUCGGACAGAUGUUGCUGGUGGAUAAGAAGAACGGGAUUGUGGUUGCGAAGACCGGGUCGCAGGUCGAGGCGACUGAUCGUGCGAAGACGGGAUUGACGGUGGCUGCUUUUAAGGAGUUCCAAAGGAUUUUGGCCAAGUAGAGUAAGCAUCGGUCAGUACAGCUUCCAAGCCAGAUGCAUUCCUUCGUAG